GCUUACGUCUUUUUGUUAUUUCCUCCCGCCUCUCCCUCUACUCGUUGUCACUGCUCACGUUUUCCUCUCUCUUUAUCUAUCUCUCUCGAGAAGCAUCGAGCCCCCAUCUCCGAAGCCACCAACAAUGGCGGAGAAGCCCCCGACGCCCAAACGCCGUCAAAAGACGCCGUCACCCCCGAUGUCGUGGAAACUCCGCCUCUCCCUCUCCGUACUCUCCGCCGUCACGGACGCCUCUCGCCGGCCCGACGGCACCCUCAACCGCCGCCUCCUCUCCUUCCUCGACAUCCGCGCCGCCGCAAACCCUAAACCCGUCCGUGGCGUCCGGUCCGUCGAUCUCACCGUCGAUCCCUCCCGCAAGCUCUGGAUCCGCGUCUUCUCCCCCGCAUCCGCCGCCGCCGCCGGCGAUCGGCAGAUUCCGGUCAUCAUCUUCUUCCACGGCGGCGGAUUCGCCUACCUCUCCGCGGCCUCGCGCUACUACGACCUCGUCUGCCGCCGGAUCUGCCGCCGUAUCCCCGCGAUCGUCGCCUCCGUCAACUACCGCCUCUCGCCGGAGCACCGCUUCCCCGCGCAGUACGACGACGGCUUUGACGUCCUCCGCUUCAUCGACUCCGGCGGGCUCGGCUCCGGCGCCGUCCCGGACGGGGUCGCCCCCGACCUCUCCAGCUGCUUCCUCGCCGGCGACAGCGCCGGCGGGAACAUCGCCCACCACGUCGCCCGCCGCUACUCCGCCGCAAUCGGAUCCUGGCAUCGGCUCCGCCUCGCCGGGCUCGUGGCGAUCCAGCCCUUCUUCGGCGGGGAGGAGCGCACGGAGUCGGAGAUCCGCCUCGCGGGGGCGCCGCUCGUGUCUAUGGACCGCACGGAUUGGCUGUGGAAGGCGUUCCUCCCCGAGGGGGCCGAUCGGAACCACGAGGCCGCUCACGUGUGCACGGCGGAGGCGGCGGCGGAGCUCGGCGAGGGGUUCCCGCCGACGAUGGUGGUGAUCGGAGGGUUCGAUCCGCUCCAAGAUUGGCAACGUCGCUACUACGAGGCGCUCAAGGGGAGCGGGAGGGAGGUGCGGUUGGUGGAGUACCCCAACGCGAUCCACGCCUUCUACGUGUUCCCGGAGUUCGAGGAUUCCGGGAAGCUUCUAGAAGAGAUCAAGGGUUUCGUCGAGGCGCAUAGAGCGAAGGGGAAACAGGAGGAAGACGCUAACGGUGGUGCCAGCUAGGGUUUUUCCUGUGGCUCGCUCAUCGGAUCAUCAGGGCUUUAUCGAUGAUCACCCUCUUGCUGCUUCUAGAUUGGUUAUUCGGCCCUCACCAUCGUAACUUCACGAAACCUGUACGGAAGUGCAUAGUAUUCUGCUUGCUUGUAAAACCAUCUUACGUUUUCGAAGAUGAUUGAAGAGGACAUAUUUUGUAAUUUUUACUUUUUCUAUUGUUCUAGGAAUACUAUCAAAUAGAAGCAAUGCCAAUUACUAAAUAUUAUUCUGGCCGUUACAAAUUCCUGGUUGAAGAACAGUAGAACAACCAUGGACCGCAGUUUAUAGACUGGGGUCUCACAUACUCGACCAUAAAUGUUUUUACGGGGACCUCUGCAUCUAUAGCAUGUCCACCUUAGGUGCAGUUGCUGCAUCUGCCUCACCUAGAUUACUGUCCUUCUAAUGUUGUUGAUUUAUUA